UGUCCCCUUUGUUUGUGCUGCAAUAGUUUUACAUAACCAAAGUGUUAUCAUUCAUAACCAGCCCCUAACAUAAAAAUAAUAAUGAGCAAAAACAUUUUGCAGCACCAACGUUUGGGACAAGUUUGGGGAGAUAUUGACAAGGAUGGGGGACUGAUUAUGAAUAAUGAAAUGUUAAAAACUAUGAUCGUUAGACAAAAAUAAUUUGCAGCACAAAAGUUUGGGGAGAUUUAGACAAGGUGUUGGGGGUCUGGAUGACGUCACUAGUCAGAAAGUGUAUUUUAGAACAACUUAAAAACCGUAACGAAUGCACAAAGAAAAAUGUUUACAGCACAAACGAGUGACGGUGUUGUUUUAAUGUUUGCAAUGAUGAGGGGGGGAGCUUCACACAGGAGCUCCAAUAACAGGGAGUUGAAGUCCCCAACAUGCCAACCAGCAGAGAGACAACCACAAAGCACAAACCUCUGCAGGCAGCAGACAUGGACUUUAGCGGCACCUGGCAGGUUUAUUCUGAGGAAAACCUCGAGGGCUUCCUCAGAGCGUUGGGUAAGAUUGUCCAAUGUCUGGUCUUUCUGUCGCUUAUUUGUGCGUUCAUGCUAACAUGUCUCUUCGUAGGCGCGCCUGAGAUGGUUGUGAAAAUGCGUAAGAAGGUGAGGCCACUGAUAGUGAUAGAGCGUAAGGGCAAAGAUUUGAGCUACACGCUUAAAACCCCCAACUUCACGGUCACCAAUUCAAUCAGCAUCGGGAAGGAGGCGGAAAUUACUGCGAUCGAUGGCAGGAAAGUCGAAUGCACCGUCCGAGAGGAGAACGGAAAGCUGAUCACUGAGAGCGACAAGUUCACUUCGGUCCGAGAAAUACAAGGCCAGGAAAUGAUUGAGACAGUCACAGCUGGCUCUGCCAUUCUCAUCAGCAGAAGCAGAAGAGUGUAAAAUGUUCGGUCAGCUACCAACAAGGAUAAAACACCAUGAAUCUAAUAAUAAAGGUGAA